UAAUGGCGCGAUUCGUGUGUGGAUAUUUUCAUCGCAAUUUUCUGUCGACUUUGAAGGGUUUAUGAAUUUUUGAAGCCUUGACAUGACAGAGUGCCAUGAAGAAGCGGUCCUUGUCGAUCAUCUGCUGAAAAUGAAGGGACGACGAGUCAAGGCGCGAUGCAAGAGGGCGGUGAUAGUUGAACCGGUAUUGUUUAUGUACGCAUUGGCUCUCUCCGGCAGCGCACCAGUUAUUGAGCAGUAUCUCUACGCAAGGUUCAAGCUUCAGUAUCCAAUUUUAAACGGAACCAUUGAUAGCAACGAAACGACUCCUUGCAUGUCGGUGAACCAUUCAGAUCCCUAUUUUAUUGCAACCCAAGCCGUCCAAGAGGAGACAUCGCAAUGGAUGAUGUAUUUGCAAGUCACGUGCUCUGUAAUUUCCAUAUUCACUACCCUAGUAUACGGACCAUACUCGGACGUGGCUGGGAGACGUAUCAUCAUGAUUUUACCAAGUGCUGCUGCAGUUAUAAAGUUCACAUUCAAUGCCUUUGUAAUAUAUUUUAAUCUACCAGUCUGGUGUUUACUAUUUGGUCAAGUCCUAGAGGGCCUGUGUGGAGGUUUUGAGACCAUGAUUAUGAUUGUGCUCGCCUAUAUUGCAGACCAGACGACUAAGGACACGCGAGGCAUGAGGAUGACAAUUGCACAAUCUAUGUUAGCAUUCGCCAUGGCGACAUCUCAACUCGGCUUGGGAUAUUUCAUAAAAGCAACAGGUUUUCUCUAUCCUUACAUAACCUUAUGUGCCAUCUUAGUGGUUAAUCUAGUCUACGUUAUAUUCCUAGUGCCAGAAACUAUUGGCGCGGAUCGUAGCAUUCGGUACAGGAUCACAGACUUUAGCAUAGUCAGGUCGUUAGGAGCAACAAUCCGCGCUUUCACGGAAAGUGAGGACAGACGAAACGUGAAAGUCGGGUUGUUGUUGAUCAUAUCUGUCUUCUGUUCCAUUCCCUUGAUCAGUCGUGCCACCAUGAUUGUACUCUUUACUAUGAAUAUACCGUUUUGCUGGGGCCCAGAUAAAAUUGGUGUCUUCGCCGCAGCCAGCAACGCUGCUGUCCAACUUGGAGGCAUAGCUAGCCUGAAGUUCUUCAAGCUAUGCCGUCUUUCUGAAAUGUGGAUUGCCGCCAUUGGUACCCUCUCAAUUAUGGCCAGUUCUCUCACGAAUGCAUUUGCAGAGACAGAUCUAAUGAUGUACAUGGUGGUGAUUGCGAGUGUUUUCAUUGCACUCCCAAUCCCGAUGUGCAAAAGUAUGAUCUCCAGGCUAGUCACUGUCGACGAACAAGGUACUAUGGGAGCCGGUGUGGCCAGCGUCGAAGCCUUGAACAACAUCGUCAGUUCCAUUGUAAUGAACCUCAUCUAUCAGAAAACACUCUUUUUCAUGACUGGGUUCAUAUUCGUUGUUGGUGCCAUAUCAGGCUUCGCUGGUCUUAUCAUCAUUUUGUUCUACAUUGCAUUCAUAGCCAUCCAAAAUCGUCAGAAACGCCUUGUAUAGUCUGAAUAACGAUUGUUCAUUCUCAAAGCAGCUAGAUGGGUAUAUUCUCUCUUCCAUCCACCGUUAGGUCCCGUGCGGCACAUGCUAGUUUUGAUGUUCGAUUCAACAGAUCGAUCGAUUAGCGAUCAGUCACAGUCCCCAUAUCGCAAAACGCACACAAAACAAACAUAACCCUAGACACAUAUAUCACAAAAGAAGCUAUAUCUGUAAUAUUUUUCAACUGUGUGCCUCACUUAAUUCGUGGACUCCCUGGGCAGUCCAUUGCGUCAACCAAAUUGGACUGCCUCAAAUAGCGCAGCUUUCACGUCGUGCUAUUUAAACCCCUGGCGAACUUUUGGGAAGGAUAUGACAUAACCAUGUGGGUGAAAUAGACAGGGUAAUAAAAGAAAAUUUCUCCAUUCACGACCAUUAGACUAAACGUUUGACCUGGAAGGUGUGUUUUCAUUGUAUUGUCAUACACCAAUACGCAAUGACAUUAAACCUUAAAAUAUCACCAAAUGAUCUACUUCACCAAUUCAAUUCAUGCAUAACAUAAACAAUUGUUGCGUAAAAUUCCGUAUGCAGAAGAAGCUGUGCUUAAAAAAUAAACAAAAUAUACAAAACAAAGUUUCCGCCCGGUUUCGAAACGGACCUUCUGCGUGUUAGGCAGAUGUGAUAACCACUACACCACGGAAACCGUUGAUGCCGUUGUAAGGGCCGGGAAAAUCAUUGUAUCUGUACAUCAGGUUGGUGUGUAUCGGAGCAAAAUAAUCGUUGAGGCCAACAAGAGAAGAGGCACAUCCUGUAACCCGUUUAGAGUCAUGGUGGACAAAUGAAAUUAAUCGCAACAUCACCAUGAUAUUAAUUAUGUACUUCAUGUAGUUUGUGACAUAACCAUGUGGGUGAAAUAGACAGGGUAAUAAAGACAAAUUGCCAUUCGCGACCAGUAGACUAAACGUGUGUUUUCAUUGUGUUGUCAUACAAAAAGCACCAUUAUACGGAAUGAUAUUUUAAUCAAAAUAUCACCAAAUGAUGCACUGAUUCACUU